AUCCCCUCGAUCGCCAUUGGCCGCACACAUACGAUACAGAACAUGGUAGCCAAUCCCAACUUCCCUGAAAACCUAUCCAUCAAGCCCAACACGACGUUACGUGAUGCGUCGCACGAAGGAGACUCGUUUGGCGCUGCAGCUCAAGAGGGGGCCAUCCAGAAGUACGGGAUAGCCGGCAGAGUAUGGGAGGCGGCAUACAACAUGCUUGCGUACUUUGGAGAAUCUAUCUCUGCCCCCGAGCAGCUUGAUCCUCCGCUCCUCGAGCAUCGGAAUGACGACGAUGACCGGCGAUCACCUAUCAUCUUCCUUGAACUGGGCUCGGGCACCGGCAUAGUCGCAUCGUAUCUUGCGAAUCACGUUUCCUCGGGCGACCGGGACACGGUGAUAGCAACAGACCUCCCCGAAGUGUGUCCAUUGCUCGAGUCCAACCUUCGGGCAUCUUGUGGGCGUGACCGGCCCCUUCAUAUACGGCCGCUCUCAUGGGGCGAUCACAAACACGCACUGAACAUACACACCGAGCUGAUCGAGCAGUGGGAUCGGCCUCAGCCGUGGAAGCUCAAGAUCAUCUGCAGUGACCUGGUCUACUUUCCCCAGCUUCUCGGUCCGCUCCUCCGCUCUCUCAUCCACCUCACCUCACCCCCCUUUGUCAGCUCCGAAGCUGAUUAUGAGAACAUAGACAUCGUGAUUUCGUACAAGAUUCGCAGCCUGCCCAAGGAGACGCCGUUUUGGACGGCGUUUGGGUUAUGGUUCAGCUUCGCGCCCGUUCUGGUCAGAUCGAAAGCAUCUGAAACGGCACCUGCGUCGUGGACGCGGUUUUGUCCGGGACAGCAGGACGAUGAUAUGUUCGUAUUUGUCGCCAGCAGGAGACCGGGCUCGUUGAAUUGGACUGUCCCACCAAUGGAUCAGGAUCUAAUGAGUGGAGUCGGAGCGAAGGGCUCGCAAUCCCGAAAGGGGGACGAUACAUUCGAGACUCUUCUGAUGAUGGGACUCGAUAGCGGUGACCUGGCGAUGUUUUGAGUUGUCAAUUGAAUAUUGAAUGCCGGUGAUUUAGCAAGGUCCAUGGUCAGUGCCUGUAGAGGUGGCGGCUGAUUGAUAUCUUAAUACAUAAAAUACAACAUCACGAUACCAAUGUGGUAAAAUAUCACUGAUGGCCAUGGUGAUAGAAUCUCUGAUUUCCAUUUUCCAGUACUCCUACAGUCUUGUUGUAAUCCCCAGCCUGCUCUUGAACGUACUCGGGAGGAGCGUGCGAACGAUAAAUGAUGCCUGACGGCGGCAGAGUUGCAACCAUAAUCUGUUGCCUCAGCAGGGGCGCCGAAGACGAAUUCGAUGGGGAGAAUCCGGUGCCUUUGAAAGGUCCCAGCUCGAGG